UCAGUAUUUUCCCUUUAUCUUCUGUUUUUAUUGUUAUGUUACAUCCUAGUUUCACAAUUAUGUAAUUAUUGAUUACACAUUAACAAUCAUAACUUGUACUUUUUCCCUAUAUAUAGCUGUCUUACCAGACAAACCUACAAACCUUGCCGUCACUAACUUCACGCCUAGAAGUGUUGAAAUAUCUUGGGCAGAUCCCAAAAAUCCAGGAUUAUAUUGGCUUUCACACUUUUCCAUUAAUCUGAAGAAAGAAAACUCUCUAAUCCUGAAUAUUAUAUACAACAGAAAUGCCACAGAAAAAGUGAAUGAAUACGAAAUAAAUAAUCUCACCCCAGAUACUACAUAUGAAAUAUCUGUCGCUGCUGGAAAUGAUUGUUACGGUUUUGGUGAAGAGAGUAUUAUUUCGUUCUCAACAUCUGAAGGUGAGUGUUAAAAAAAAUGUGUUAAAAUGGGUUGGAUCAAUAUUGUGCUGAAAAUGUUUUAAAAUUUGAAUGUCUGUUCAUGGUCGUUUCCCAGUUUUUAUUUUCUUUAUAUUCGAAAUCGUUUUUUUGAGUAAAUAAAUGUAAACCCCGAUGGAAUUGACAUUCACGACUAAACGUUUCGAUACUCCAUUGCUAGCGUCUUAAUCCACAUCUUCAUCUCUUUUUCACGACUAUUUAUUACAUAUUUCAAAUUAUAUUUUGUACUCUUUCCCAAAGCUGCAUUACCAGACAAACCUGCAAUCCUCAACGUCACUAACAUCACGUCUACAAGUGCUGAAAUAUCUUGGGCAGAUCCUAGAGAUCCAGGAAGAUUUGGUUUUUCACGCUUUCGAAUUAAAUUGAAGAAAGAGGACUCUCUAAUCCUGAACAUUACCACAGGAAAAGUGAAAGAAUAUAAAAUAAAUAAUCUCACUCCGUAUACUACAUAUGAAAUAUCUGUAGCUGCUGGAAAUGAUCAUGGUUUUGGUAAAGAGAGUAAUACUUCGUUCUCAACUACAUCUGAAAGUGAGUAUUAAAAGAUGAAUGUUACAUAGGCAUAGAAUGUGUUCAAUUUGCAAUUUUGUGCUUAUUAUUUCGAAACAUUAACUGUUGUUGCCAGAGAAUUUACAAAUGCCAAAAUUUGAUAUUUGUAAAUGAUUCAUUCGAAAAAUUUGACAAAAUCUCUGCAAAAUCUCGCACACUGUCAUUGUAAAUCUUAAUAUCUGUAAACUUGCACGUUUACAGAUAUUUUGGAAUCUUUCAGUGAAAUGUUUGUAAAUUUCAGACAUUUCACACCAGAAGAAAACACAGAUUGUAUAAAAAAUAUUUGGAUGCCUUUUUAUAGUCGUUUUCCAGUUUGUUUAUAUUCGAAAUAUAGUUGCCAACAGCGAAAAAAAAACAAGCAAAUAACGAAACUUGCUCUGAACUUACAGUGCUAUAUCAGCUAUUAAUUUUAAUUCUCUUACAACGUCCCCUAUAUUUAUUUGAUAUAAGAAAUGUGACAAUAUUUACCAUCUUUUGUAGUCCAGCGGAAAAGUAAAAAAUCAUGCACUUUGUGAAGAAAGCACCCAAUUCACAGGAAGUGUAGACUUUCACAUGAUAAUGAAUCUUAGAUAUGGAGGCAUCAUCAAAAUUGAUGUGGACGGCUUAAAAUUUAGGAUUUCUUAUAUUCUCUUAUUAAACCCUAUUACUGUUUAAAAUUGUGAAAUUGCAGGUUCACAUAUAGCAAAAAUGAUUUGCAUGAUUAGAAAGCUUACAAAAAACUACAUAUAAGACUUUUAAACGGCUGAUCGAGUUUCCAAGCGGUUUUCCAGUUAUUGCUAUUUAAAAACGUGAUAAAUAAGCAAACAUCCCGCCAAAGUCCUGGACACUAGCCCUGAAACAUAUUUUCAACCGCUCAUAACUCCAGAGGAGUUGGUAAAUCAAAGUAACUGCUUAAAUGUCUUAUAUGCAGUUUUUUGUAAGCUUUCUAAUGACGCAUGUCAUUUUUGCUAUAUGUGAACCUGCAAUUUCACAAUUUUUAAUAGUAUAAGAGAUUAAUAAGAGAAUUAGAAAUCCUAAAUUUUAAGCCGUCAGCAUCAAUUUUGGUGAUGCCUCCAUAUCUAAGAUUCAUUAUCAUGUUAAAGUCUACACUUCCUGUGAAUUUGGUGCUUUCUUCACAAAGUGCAUGAUUUUCUCAAAUAUCUGUGCAUAUCCGCUGGACUAUUGCCUUGCUACAUUAGUUUAAGUGAAUAAAUAUAAUCCUCGACCAAAUUGCCAUUCACGACCACACGUUCUUAAUCUCCAUCUCCAUCUAUUUCUCACUAUUUAUCACACAUUUCAAAUCAUAUUUCAGUGUACUUUCCCUCAGCUGCAUUACCAGAGAAACCUACAAACGUCACCGUCGCUAACAUCACAUCUAGAAGUGCUGAAAUAUCUUGGCUAGAUCCUAAAGAUCCAGGAAGAUAUGGUCUUUCACGGUUUUGGAUUAACCUGCAGAAAGAAAACUCUCUAAUUCGGAACAUAACGACAGGAAAAGUGAAUGAAUAUAAAAUAAAUAAUCUCACUCCGUAUACUACAUAUGAAAUAUCUGUAGCUGCUGGAAAUGAUUAUGGUUUUGGUGAAGAGAGUAAUUUUACUUCGUUCUCAACAUCCGAAGGUGAGUGUUAAAAGAUGGGCAUUACAAAAUGGGUAUUGUGCUAAAACAUUUUAAACUUUGAAAUUAAUGUCUUUUACUGUAACAGCAGUUUUCCAAACAUUGUUGAAACAUUGUUGCCAACAGCAAAAACGCACAGAACACACCAGUCACUUUAAAUAUAUGUUAAAUUUCAUCUUCAUGCAUCUGUCUCAUUCAAAAGGUCCUUGUGCGAGUGAGAACGUUGGCACGCUCGAGGCAUAUGGAAUUUUCAUGUGGCCAGACACUCGUGUUGGGCAUCGUUCUACACUUGCUUGCCCUUACAACAAUGAGUCGAUUGCGACCCGUGAGUGUUGGCAUACAACCCAAACAGACAGUGGAAGUGUUUGGGGUCCAACUGAUGUCACACAAUGCGAAUAUAAAGACAAACGGAGCAAAGGUCUUUUUCUAUUGGUGCAGGUAAUUUAUUACAAGGAAGAGAGCAUGAAUGUUUUGAAGGCCCAUUUACGGUUGUAAUUAUUCUACGAAAUUAUUUUUUUCUUCUGAUGGAUGUGAACGAAUGGAUAAGUUUUGGGUUCAUAUGCUAAGAACAUUCAUAACUCAUAUAGUCGUCGACAAUCGCAGCAAAAAUUGCAAGUGUAAAUGGGUCUUAAAGCUUAAGCGAUCGUGAUGCAUUCACACUAGUGAUGGGCGAUACCAGCUUUUUUGGUUUCGAUACGAUACCAGUCCGAUACCGAUACCAAAAUCGAUACCGAUACUCAAUUUUUUCCAUUUAUUAAAAUAACUUUUAAAACACGAACAUUAUAAAUGUUUAAAACAAGUCAAAAAAUACUCUAACUGGAGUACCUGGGCCAAAUAAUCGAACAUAACAUUUGCAUUAUUAUGAUUUUAAAUCAAAACACCAAUGUUUUCCUCAAAUAUAUUGCUAAUUAGCUACAUGUUUUUGUUUAAGAACAGCAUCAUGUCAACAUUUUUUGCCUUCAGCGGCCUUCAGUCUGUUGCCUUCAUGAAACAUUAGACAGAUUUAGAAAAGACGACGCGACCUCAAAGACGACGUGAAAAUGGCGUCAAAAUGGUGUGGCACAUCCAUAUAUGGACAGAACACGCAAUUUUCAUGUCGUCUUUGAGGUCGCGUCGUCUUUUCUAAAUCUGUCUAUUAAUCUUCUAUUAAGUGAUUGGUCAGGAAUACUGACCAAAAACAUCGCAUGCUCAAGUGGUAUCGAAUUACCGAUACUUUUUGCGAGUAUCGAAAGUAUCGAUACUUUUGUAAGUAUCGAUGAUUUCGAUACUUUUUCGAUAGUAUCGCCCAUCACUAAUUCACACCCUAUGGGCGCUUUCCAUUAACACGGCCAGACCGGUCAGAACGGUCAAAUUGUUGAAUGGAACACAAAACGUUUGGGCUUCGGACCUAUCUGACCGGAAAAUCUAGAUAAAAUUAGGAUGACGUCCAUUUUCGCUAGAUAUUUGAGAAACAUAGACCAGAUCUUUCCAUUGAUACGGAGACAAAAAUUCAGGUCUGACCGGUCAGGCCAUUAAAUGGAAAGCGCCCUAUGCUAAUGCUGUGAUUAAACGCAUGACUGAAAGGCGGUCGUGGUGGUCGCCUGUGUAAACUUUGUUUGUUUUACUGUGAGGUAAUAGUGGAAUAAUCACUUGGUCGACACCGAGUGAAAAAUUAAAUCCACGAUAAGUUCAAUAUUUGAAACUUCAUGUAUAUUUCAGAAAGAAGUGAAUGUUAGCAAUGUGGCGGAAACUACCCAAGAGAUCAAAAGCUUGUCUUCUGACGGUCAAACUUUGGAAGCUGGAGACAUUAGCAAUAUCGCUACAGUAUUAGAGAAAAUUGUCUCAGUGAAACAGAAAGCCAAUGAGGUUGGUUUGAUACUGAAAUACUGAUACUGAAAAUCAAGUGGAAUUAUAUAGCCAGAGUAAAUAGACCAUUUCACGGUUUUGGAAAAACCGUGAAAAGGUUUAUUAUCUGAUGCGUUAUGUCAUCAGCCAGAGUGGCAACACUUGUCAAAUUGGUAGUCGAAAAGAGUAAUGAGGAUGAAGCUUUUUCUUUUCCCCUUGAUGACUAAGAUCGUUCAGAGUAAGUUCAUCACUUGGCAGAUAGAAAGUUUAUUCUUUAUAGAUUGUUGGAGGAGGAUAACGCAGAAAUAUAAGGAAGAUAUUUCUUUCAUCACCAUUUAUUUAUCUUUGUGUAUGUUUAUCAAGAUUUCUGAAGAUUUCUUCGCCACAAUAGACAAUGUACUGGAUGCCAGAACAAAGAAUGUUUUAAGAAGUCAGCAGAACACGAACUCUUCUUCAAGGUAUAUAGGAAAAGAUAUUCAAAGACGAUAAUGCACUAAAACUCAUGUCCCCAUAUGUUUUCAUCUGUGUGUGUGUUUGUGUGUAUGCCUGUCAGAACGAGAACCCAAAAAAUACUUGACAUAUUAAUACGAAAUUUUGUGGGCCUAAUGGCCAUAAUCCAGCGACAUAUUUUUUCCGCUCAAGUCAGAGUGAACUAAACUACAUGUUAGUUACAAGGAAACCAAGCCACUAUAACUAAAAAAACCUUGUAAACUCGCGCAGGGAUAUAAGACUAUAACUAGCAGGGCGUUCCACUAUUCGCCCAGAUCAUUUUGCAUAUCUUCCAAAUCCGAUCUGAGAAUUGGGGAUUUUAUGUAUUUCAUCCAACGUCUUUCUUUUUACAGGAUUUUAAAAGCUAUAGAUAACUUUGCUGAAAUAUUAGUCGUCAAUUCUGGAAAAAAAAUUGAAACAGUGAAUAGACACUUUGCCAUUACUUUACAAGUUGUCCAACCGCAAACUUUUACUGGGCUAACAUUUUCCGCGAUCGUCGGAAAAUCCCAUGAAUUGAAGAAAAAUAGCAUUUCAACCAAAUCUACUGACAGCGUUCCAACCGGUUCAUCUGCCUCCAUUAGUAUUCCUCGAACAAUAUUCAACGAAUCAACCAUUAGGAACAGCUCCACACAGGAAUCAGUCAUAUUCGCCCUCUACAAGGAAACGAAAUUCUUCGCCGUUUCCUUGGUCGAUACUAGUGAGAACUCAAGACGUUUGAAUAGUUUUGUAAUAGCUGGAAGUAUUAAGGGAUUACCAAUUGCAAAUUUGAGCAAGCCUGUUAAGAUCGCUCUGCGGAGUAUUGCGCGAGGAGACACGAACAGCGCUUUGUGUUCAUACUGGGACUUUGGCCGUGGAAAUUGGUCACAAGAAGGUUGUAGAUUUGAACGCGUUCUUAGAGAUGGCAGGAUCCUAUGUAACUGUGAUCAUCUUACCAACUUUGCAAUAUUGAUGGUAAGUUUAUUAAUUUAUUCUUCAUAAAUAAAUUUUGUUCACUUGACGACCAGAGAAAUACACGAUGUUCUGGAUUCAGGUUCGUACGACAUCUUCACUGACAACGGAAGUUUCUACGAUAUAAAGUGCCGCCAUUUUUGCACGUCGACCAAGGAAAUGUCUUAAAUUUCUAGAAAUAACCUUUCGUGCAGAACGUUGAUCUGGUUCAAAAUUGAUUUUUUUUAGGAUAUUAAUCCAGGGGUGACCACAAAACAUGACAAAAUACUUGGUGUAAUUAGUUACGUCGGAUGUGCGCUCUCAUUGGUCGGACAGAUUUUGACAAUCAUUACAAUACUGAUAUUAAGGUAAGUAACACAAACUGCAUGUAUAUGCAUGGUAUUGCAUGGCGGCAAUGCAGCAGUUGUUUCUUAACCAAAACCAAACCAAACAGGGGCGUAAGUCUCGUGUUCGACCCCUGACAUGACAAAAAAUAUUUAUUAUUUUUCUUCAGAAUAUGUAUGUUUUUCAAAAAAAUUUAAUACACCGUUGAUUAAAUAGGUUUGCAUUUACGCACGUGGAUAAGCAACGAUACCGUCGAUGACAAAAAUUUUGACGACUUUUUUUAACUUCGCUAUUCUCGGCGGUGUAGAUAGCUGGACCGAACCAGUACCCUCGCCACGUGUCAGUUUGGAAUAUGAUGUGGAAAGUUGUACACUUUGGUCUUGAAAUAAGUUAAAGGUUUCUGCAGCCUGGCGGCUCAUCUCCAUGGCCAUUCCAAAAACUUUCAAUGAAUUAACUAGAGCUCUAAACUUUUGUUUUCAUACAAUAACUGGCAGAUUCUUACAUUUUAGGGAACAGCGAAGCAAAAUUCCAGGCCAGAUUUUGUUGAACUUCUGUAUUGCUUUGUCAUUAUCGUUAAUUGUAUUCGUGGCUGCUGCUGAGAGAUCAAAGACGUCGUCAUUAGUUGGCUGUAGGAUAGCGGCGAUUUCCCUACAUUAUUUCUUAUUGGCGGCAUUUUUUUGGAUGGCAACAGAAGCAUUCAAUAUGUACCUGGCUUUUGUCAAAGUCUUUCCAAGUUCGAACCAUUCCAAAUUUAUGAUGAAGUGCUGCCUAUUUGCUUGGGGUAAGGACUUGUAA